AUGGACCCAAGGAUUCCUACGACAAUAGAUGAGAAAGGAGAAUCAAGCCAUGUACCGUCACCAACCACGCCUCACACACCUCCUGGAGAUCACAGCGUAGUGACACAACCACCGAGCAAUCAGCCAGUUCGGCCUCCUCAACCUCCUCAGCACCCGAUCGUGCCUACAUUCUUUGGGGAGCUUGCGGGCACAGAUGGCCAAGCAUAUAGGUCCUUGCGAAAACGCGUGACCGACGCUUACCGUUGGCACACCUUCCAGUAUUGGUUCGUGGCGGUGACCUCGAACUCGCUUCUUUUUCUCCAGAUCCUCAUUGCGGCUUCUCUUACCGUGCUGGGCGCCUUCAACGACAGAAGGGCUCGGACUGCUACCAUCUUCCUCGGCGCCACCAACACCGUGAUUGCGGGUCUCAUCACCUAUUUCAAGAGUCGCAACCAGCCGAACCGCGCCCGACAAUUCCGCAACGAUCUCGCAAAGGUCGUGGACCAAUUCGAUGAUGCAGAGGCGAACUUCCGGAAUCCCGAAUGCCACGACGAUGUGUAUACGGUCAUGGAACAAAUCAGACAGGCUUACAACCAAGCGCGAACCGAUUCCGAAAUCAAUUAUCCAGAUCUGUGGGUCAGAGGAUCGACCCCCGACAAUAAGAAUCCUACGCCGCGAACGUCAACGAACCCCCCGACACAAACCCCAGCUCCACCGCCGGCGGCACACGCACCACCUCCAGGAACGACGACGACCCCCCGUCCUGCCUCAGAUGUUGCCUCCCGGAGACCAAUAUCAGAUUCGUCAACGAUCAGAGCUGUGUGA